GUUUUUUUCUACUAUUAAUUUCGUAAAUGCCCUGGCCUAUUAUAGCUUUUUGUCGGUAAGCCUCGCAUAUUGAUAAUUGAUUUUCACUUGGUUUAACUUUCUCUGCAUUUAGAAGAAGAGUCACAGAUCGGACUUCACAAGCGGUGGCAUUUUCAAUUGAGGUUGACAUAAAGAAGUUUUUCAAAGAAACCAUUGGCAUCAUCAACCUCAAAAUGGCGUACAUUUCAUCGGCUUGAGUUAGAGUAGCUGCUGCGCAUGAUAGUAACUGCGGCUGCAGUGCUGGCACUGAUGGAAAUAGUAACGUAAUUAAUAUUGUGGAUAUACCGCGUAAGCUGGAAAAUAUAUUUGCGAAUGCUUUGAGAUAUUUUCAAUAUAAUUUCAUCUAUUUUGGACGUCUUGCUUGCUGUUUGGCAAUCUAAGUGAGUCGUUUUGGACUACUAAAAACUGCAACAACUAGCAACAUCAUCGGAAAACUUCACCAAAUGAUACUGGAUAAUCGUCGAAUUAAGGUCGAAGACGCUAGAUGAAAAGAAUACUUAUUCUUGGGUACAGUUUUUGAUACUUGCUACUGAAUCAAAAACGCAUUCGAAUAAUCAUUUUCCAGACCUCAUUGACUCGGUUUGAGCUAAUUGAGUCGGAUAUGGAACUGUAUUCAUUAUAUAACUAAAAAAAAGACCUCUUCUUAUGUUUUAUUGAUUACGAAAACGAUUUCGACAAAGUAAGACACGAUAAGGUGAUGGACUGACUUUACAGGAAGGGUCUAGACGAGAAUGACCUCAAAAUCAUACGGGCGUUUUAUGCUAACAAAACUGCAGAGGUGAGAACUGAAAUCGGAGACACAGAACCAUACAGCAUCAAAAGAUGCGUGCGACAGAAGAAGUUAGAUGAAGCAAGAGAAGGUGUUGAAAUCAAUGGAAAAAUUCUUAAUAAUAUAAAGUACGCUGAUGACACGUUCUUAAUUACAGACAGUGAACAGGUUCUUCAAGCACUCUUAGAUCGCAUAAAAAUUAUAGGAGAAGAUCAUGGAGUUAACAUUAACAUCAAGAAGAUCAAAACCAUGAUUGUCUCCAAAACAUUCAGUCAUCCUCCCAUGUCUAUCAAGGAAAAUGGUGGCAUCAUGGAAAAUGUCGAGAAAUUUAAAUAUCUGGGGUGUUGGAUAACAAAAGAUAUACACCCAGGUAUAGAAAUAAAAUCACGAAUCGAGCAAGCAAGAAAAGUCUUUCUAAAAAUUCGAUCUUAAAAUCCGGUAUCGGAUGGUGAAAUGCUAUGUAUACAGUACCUUAAUAUACGGAACGGAGACUUUAAGGUGAACUCACUAAGGCGCUUAGAGAGUUUCGAAAUGUGGAUAUUUCGGAGGAUGCUUAGAAUUCCCUGGACCGCUCAUAUCAGUAACAAAGAAAUAAUGCAAAGAAUAGGCACCGACAGGGAACUUAUAGAAUUGAUAAAGACUCGAGAAACCUCGUAUCUUGGACACAUAUAUAAAAAUGACAAUUAAAAACUUUUGCAACUCCUGAUCGAAGGAAAAAUCGACCGAAAACGUGAUCCUGGCAUUCGACAGGUUUCAUGGCUGAAGAAUAUUAGCGAGUGGAUUGGUUUAGACUCUCAGACCCUGAUAAGAAGGGCUAGAGACAGAAAUAACUUUGCUGGGGUUAUCGCCAACCUUCGUUAGAAGAGGGCAUCCAAAGAAAGGAGGAAGAAAGAAACUGUAGACUGGAUCCAGCUCUACACUACUGAAACGAAAAAAAAAGCGAAGAAAAAUGGAUUUCAAAUGGCGAAUUUGCUCCGACAAAGACGAUUUUUCAUAAUGGAGGAAGUUAAAUCGAAUAUACCGCUGAAGAAAACUUCCCCGCGAGAUAGAGCUAAUGUUAUAUCAACUUUAUUUUUUUGCUGGUUAUUACCUUAUUUCGUGAAAGGUUAUAAACGAGAACUCACUGAAGAUGAUAUGUAUCAAAAUAGAAAACAGCAUGAGUCUAGCGCUCUUGGUGACAAUUUGGAAAGAAGAUGGAACGAACACAUCGCAAAAAAUAAAAACCCUUCUUACGUUAGGGUACUGAUGGGAACUUUCAUUUUUGAAAUUAUCAUAUUGAAUGUGUUUGCUUUCAUAACAGAAGCUAUCAAAAUGGGUCAGCCGUUUUUGAUAUCUCAACUUUUACUUGUAUAUGAAACAACUGGAACCGAUGAAGGCAAAAAUGAUAUUUAUUUUUACGCUGGAUUGAUAGUUAUCACGUCGUUUUUGAAUGUUAUCCUAGUACACAGAUUCAAUUUGGCAAUGAUGCAAGUUGGUAUGAAAAUGAGAAUAUCAUCGUGUUCUCUCAUCUACAGGAAAUCAUUGAAACUAAGUAAAUCAGCUUUGGCAGAAACUACUAUAGGUCAGAUGGUGAAUUUAUUAUCAAAUGACGUUGGUAGAUUCGAUCAAGCCGUACAUCAUCUCCAUCAUUUUUACAUGGCACCGUUAGAAACGUUAAUAGUUAUGGUUUUAUUGUAUUACAAUGUUGGAUGGACAGCUUUGUUUGGAGCCGUUUUCUUAUUACUAUCUAUACCAUUUCAAUCAUGGCUUGGAAAGAAAACUUCUCAAUAUAGAUUACAAACAGCUUUAAGAACAGAUGAAAGAGUGAGAUUAAUGAACGAAAUCAUAUCAGGCAUUCAAGUAAUUAAAAUGUACACUUGGGAAUAUCCUUUCGCCAAAUUAGUUGAGAGUGUCAGAUUGAAGGAGAUGAAGUACAUCAGAUCCACAUCAGUAAUAAGAGCCAUCUUAAUGUCGAUGGAUCUAAUUUUAAAUAGAGCAGCAGUCGCUAUAUGUAUAAUUACUUACGCCUUAACACAGGACACUCUAACUGCAUCGUAUGCUUAUGCUGUCACCUCAUAUUAUCGGCUUCUUGGUUCCCUCACAUUUUUCUUUCCCCAAGCAGUGUCUCAAGGAUCGGAAAUGUAUAUUUCUAUGAAUAGGAUCCAAAAAUUUCUGUUAUUCGAUGAAAUUCAUGGCGAGGACAAAGCGGUAGCGAAAAACUGGUCUAAUGGGAAUUACAAACCGAAUUUUGAAUUACAACCGAAAGUUUCCGGAGCAAAUGUUCAAAUCAGAAAUGGUUCUGCUAAAUGGUUAAAAUCACGCCCGGAGAAUAAUUUGGAAGAUAUUGAUUUUAAUGUAAACGCAGGUAAAGUUGUGGCUGUUGUCGGGGCAGUAGGUAGUGGAAAAACAACGUUGUUACACGUUAUAAUGAAAGAGUUGGAGCUUGAAAGCGGAUCCAUCGCUAUACACGGUACAAUUUCUUAUGCAUCUCAGGAGCCUUGGUUAUUUGGAGGCAGUAUACGACAAAAUAUUUUAUUCGGGCAAGAAUUCGAUCAACAAAAGUACGAAGAAGUCGUACGUGUAUGCGCUUUACAAAGAGAUUUCACACUUUUUCCUCACGGGGAUAGAACGUUGGCUGGUGAAAGAGGAGUGACUCUGAGCGGAGGUCAAAGAGCUAGGAUUAAUUUAGCUAGAGCUGUUUAUAAAGACGCUGAUAUAUAUUUACUAGACGAUCCGCUUUCUGCUGUAGAUACUCAUGUUGGUAAGCAGCUCUUCGAUGAAUGUAUUUGUGGUUAUUUAGCUAAAAAAUGCGUUAUAUUGGUAACUCAUCAACUUCAGUAUCUUAAAAAUAUUGAAACAAUUUACUUGAUUAGGAACGGUCAGAUUGAAGUUUCUGGUUCUUAUGCGGAUUUGAAGAAUUCGAAUACAGAAUAUAGUAAACUGUUAGCAGAUUUAGAAGAAGAAGAAGAGGAAGUGAGAAGGAAAUCUAGAAUGAUUGCGAAUAAAGAAGAUAAACCCGAAGAAGAGGAGUUACAAACGUUACGAAGAGAAGAUAAAGGAAUUGGUACUAUUUCUGCUAGGGUGUAUUUGAAAUAUGCUAAAGCUGGAGGAAACAUCAUCAAAGUUUUUCUUUUAUUAUUAGCAUUUUGUCUUACUCAGAUUCUAGAGAUUGCCACGGAAUAUUUUGUCACUUUUUGGGUAAACAUUCAGCAAUGGAUAACAGAAAAUUUAUUGUCUUCUACUGAAUCAUUAGAAGUAUCGAAUAUCACAAAUUUCUCUGAACUACCACCUACUUCAAAUUCAAAUAAUCCAUUUAAUUGGUGGUUAACACCCGUUUUUACAAGUACCAAUACUGCCACUUAUUACGCUAUAGUUAAUAUAAUGGCAAUUGUUGUUGUACUUAUAAGAUCACUAUUCUUUUAUUCAUGGUGUUUAACUGCAUCGACACGAUUACAUAAUAAGAUGUUUGUUAAUAUAGUCUACAGUCCAAUGAGAUUCUUCAACAUAAACCCCUCUGGAAGGAUAUUGAAUAGAUUUUCUAAGGAUAUCGGUUCGCUCGAUGAAGUUUUACCAAUGACGUUGUUAGAUACCGUUCAAAUUGGAUUAUCAGUAGCUGGAAUCGGUUUGGUAAUAUCCAGUCUGUCAUACUGGAUCAUGAUACCUACAAUAACCGUUGCUGUUAUAUUCUAUGUUUUGAGGGUAAUAUUCUUAGAGACGAGUCGAGAUGUUAAGAGAGUGGAAUCGAUUACUCGCAGUCCGAUUUAUACACAUUUAUCAGCGUCUCUUCAAGGAUUGACUACUAUAAGAGUUUUUAAGGCCGAAGAAAUAUUAAAAACUGAAUUCGAUCGCUAUCAAAAUUUACACAGCGCUGCUUUCUUCAUGUACCUAGGAGCUAAUAGAACAUUUGGAUUUUGGUUGGACUUUAUUUGUGUUAUAUACAUUGCCCUGGUUAUUGUGGCAUUGCUGUUUAUUAAAAGCGAACAGUUUGCCGGAAAUAUGGGUCUCGCUUUAACUCAAGCAAUGACGUUAACUGGUACUUUUCAAUGGGGCAUGCGUCAAUGGAGCGAAUUAGAGAACCAAAUGACGUCAGUUGAAAGAGUUCAAGAAUAUGCGGAUUUGAAACAAGAAGAAGAAGAAGAGGAACAGAUGAAGAAACCUCAAAAGAAUUGGCCCGAGGAAGGAAAAGUUGAAUUUAUUGAUAUGUCUUUACACUAUUCACGUGACGACCCACCUGUAUUGAAAAAUUUAAGUUUUAAAAUACAGCCAAGGGAAAAAGUGGGUAUAGUAGGAAGAACUGGUGCUGGAAAAUCAUCUUUAAUUCAAGCUCUUUUCCGAUUAGCGGAAAUUGAUGGUCAAAUCUCGAUCGAUGAUGUGGAUACGAAAAGCAUAUCUUUGAAAGAUCUCAGAUCCAAUAUUUCUAUAAUUCCUCAAGAGCCUGUUUUGUUUUCUGGUACAUUACGGAACAAUUUAGAUCCAUUUGACGAAUAUAAAGAUGAGGUCCUUUGGAACGCUUUGGAAGAAGUAGAAUUAAAACGUGCAGUAGAUGAGUUACCAGCAGGUUUAGAGAGUAAAAUGGCGGAAGGUGGUUCAAAUUUCAGUGUAGGACAGAGACAGCUCGUAUGUUUGGCUAGAGCUAUUAUUCGAAAUAAUAAAGUUCUAGUCUUGGACGAAGCUACAGCGAAUGUUGAUCCUUACACAGAUGGUUUGAUUCAAACGACCAUUAGAAAGAAAUUCGACAACUGUACAGUAUUAACAAUCGCUCAUAGGCUACACACCAUUAUGGAUUCCGAUAAAGUGUUGGUUAUGGAUGCCGGAAGAGUAGCGGAAUUCGAUCAUCCUCAUACACUUCUACAAAAUGAAAACGGAAUUUUCUAUUCACUAGUUAUGCAAACCGGGAAAACCACAGCGAAGAAUUUGAUGGAAAUAGCCAAGGAGAGUAAAAUAAUGAAAGACAAACAAACUUGAAAUUGAAAUUAAUUUCAAAGUCAAUCUAAUCGAAGAUUUUGUCAGUGGAUUUCAAUUAAAUUAUUUUCAAGGUUUCAGACUUUUAUUUCUUUUCAAAUUGUUUAAAAUUCUUUGCUGGUUCAAAUAAACUAAUUGUUGAUGUGUGGACUGUAUUAUUUAUUAAUAAUAUUAAAACAUGUGUUAGUUGGGUUUUAAUGGCGAU